CGACCACGACCACGACCUUGACCACGACCUUGACCACGACCUUGACCCCGACCGCGACGCCGACCAUGACGACGACGACCUAGCCAGCAGCCUCUCAUCCCUCACCGAAGCCGAGAUCGAGGCGAAAUACCCUCACCGACCACUUAACACGCACGCGACGUUCCCGUUCCAUGUUUUAUACACGAAGCUAUUCGUGCCGCUGCUGCAGAACAAGACGAAGCGGACCGGGGUGGGACUGCGAGGGAACCGCGAGUUGAAGCCGCAUGAGGUUAGGCGGAAUAUCAUCGAGACUUUCGUCAAGAGGUGGAGGAGCGAGGUCGGCCCGGAUAUCUUCCCCGCGUUCAGGUUGAUCUUGUGCGAUAAGGAUCGUGAGAGGAAUGUGUAUCACAUGAAGGAGCAGCGCAUAGGAAAGCUCCUCGUCAAGGUGAUGAAGAUUAGGAAGGACAGUGACGAUGGAUACGGCUUGCUCCACUGGAAGUUGCCUGGUGCAUGGUCCAGGAGCGCUGGUGAUUUUGCGCUGCGAUGCUACGAGAUCAUCAAGAAGCGUCCGAUGCGGACCACGCCAGGGCCCCUGACGAUUGCGCAGGUCAAUGAGAUGCUGGAUCGCCUCUCACAAGUAACCGGAGAUGAAAACCAACUACCGAUCAUGGAGGAAUUCUACAACAACAUGUGCGCAGAAGAGCUCAUGUGGCUGAUCCGCAUAAUCCUGAAGCAGAUGAAAGUCGGAGCCACAGAGAAGACCUUCUUUGACGCCUGGCACCCCGAUGCCGAUACCAUGUUCAAUGUCUCAUCCUCUCUGCGCCGCGUCUGCUGGGAACUGUACGAUCCCGACUUCCGCGUGGGCGCGGACGAGAAGGGCGUUACUCUCAUGUCGUGCUUUCAACCGCAGCUGGCACAGUUCCAGAAGAAGUCGCUGGCUACGGUGAUCAAGGCUAUGGGCGGACAAGAGUUCUGGAUCGAGGAGAAACUGGAUGGCGAGCGCAUGCAGAUGCAUUUUGAUAAUGGCGAGUUCAGAUGGUGGAGCAGGAAGGCGAAGGAGUAUACGCAUCUCUACGGCUCGAGCUUCAAGAACGGCAGUGUCUCGCGCUUCGCCGAAGGGAUAUUCGACAAGCGUGUCGGCAGCAUCAUCCUUGACGGCGAGAUGAUCACCUGGGAUCCAACGGUGGACUGCAUCGUCGGCUUCGGAACACUGAAAACCGCGGCGAUCGAAACGAGCAACAAUCCGGAGGGGAUGCAGCACCGUCCGUUAUUCCGCGUCUUUGACAUCCUCUUCCUGAACGGCCAGAGUCUCCUCGACUACUCGCUCGAAGACCGCCGGAAAGCUUUGACCGGCGUUAUGACCUCGGAGCCCGGCCGCAUCGAAAUCCACCAGUACAACUCAGCCACAACCACGGAGGAGAUCGAGGCCGAGCUCCGGCAGGUCAUCGCCAGUGCCUUCGAAGGCCUCGUGAUCAAGAACCCGCGCUCAGUCUACCGCCUCAACGACCGCAACGACGACUGGGUCAAGGUUAAGCCCGAGUACAUGACCGAAUACGGCGAGUCCCUGGACUGCCUCGUGGUCGGCGGGUACUGGGGCACCGGCAAGCGGGGGAGCAUCCUCUCGUCGUACCUAUGUGCGCUGCGCGUCGACGGCAACGCGCUGCCGCCCGGGGCGAACCCGAUGAAGUUCUACAGCUUCUUCAAAGUGGGCGGGGGCUUCACGGCGAACGACUAUGCGACGAUUGCGCACAACACCGACGGGCUGUGGCGGAAGUGGAAUGCGCACCCACCGCCGGACUGGCUCGAGCUAGCAGGUGGCGACCGCCACUUCGAGAAGCCGCACAUGUGGAUCCACCCGGAGAACUCAUUCGUAGUCGAGGUCAAGGCCGCCUCCAUCGCAGCCACGGACCAGUUCCGCAUGAACCAGACACUGCGCUUCCCGCGGUUCAAGCGGCUGCGCCCAGAUCGCGACUGGAAAACCGCCCUCAGCAUCCAGGGCUUCAUGAAGCUUCAGGCCGACGCCCUGCACUCCGCGCAAACAAAGAAGCUCGACGUCGAGCGGCGCCGCCAGCGCAACAAGCGCGUAAAGAAGGAGUUCACUGUCGCAGGCGCGGACGAGCACUCGGUCCCGCGCUUCGCGGCCAUCCCGGACACGCUCUUCGCCAACCACACAUUCUAUGUCCUGACCGACUCCUCCUCGCGGCGCAACAAAGUCUCCAAGCCCGAGAUCGAAGCACUCAUCAAAUCCCACGGCGGCCACUUCCUGCAGAAUGAGAACCACCCUUCCAUCCACGUCAUCGGCGACCGCAACACCGUCAAGAUCUCGGCGCUGAAGAAGCGGGGCACCCACGAUAUCAUCCACCCGCAGUGGCUCUUCGACUGCAUCGCGCAGCACGAGAGAACGGGCGAGCACCACCUCCUCCCCCUCGAGCCGCGCCACCUAUUCUUCGCCACCCCGCUCACCGCACACAAAGCCGCCAACCGCGUCGACAAAUACGGCGAUAGCUACGCCCGCGACAUCGACGCGGCCGAGCUGCGCGCGCUGCUCGAGGGUAUGCCGGCUUCCACCGACACCGACACCGACCCCGCCCUCCACGCCUCCUUCCACGCCUCCCUAUCAACCCAGGACUCCGACGACGCAGAACUGCCCGGCUGGCUCUUCACCUCCUGCGUAGUGUACAUCGCCGCCCCACCACAAUCCAGCAGCUACACGCUCGCGGCGACACCGAUCCUGUUCGCGGGCGGGAAGGUCGUUGCCGGAACACUCCCCGCCGCCGCCGGGAGGGGGAUCACACACGUGGUGGUGGACGCUAAGACAUCGCCCGAAAAGUUACGAGAGAUCAGAAGCGAGAUUGCAAAGUGGAGCGGGAAGGCCCCGAGAGUGGUGGGGAGGGAGUGGGUGAGCGAGUCGAUCGGGGAGAGGACGCUGCUGGAUGAGGAGAGGUUUGGUGUGUAGUAGGGGCUGGAGAGUGUGUGAUGUGAUAUGAUAUGAUACCUACUUGUACUGGAAUUGGAAGUGGAAUUUGAAGCGUGUUUUCUGCAUAUAUACAUGGGCCAUCGGCCUCACAGGGGAGUGAUGCACCACGCCUGCCGGACGGACGUACUAAGCCGGGUCUUCACGAUGACCGUACAAAAGCCUCCAAGUCCA